AUGACCUCGCACGAAGCUCUCAACCCCAUUCACCCCGCGGUGCUUCCCCACCUCGACCCCGUCUUCGUGAACCUCUACAACGAACACGUCGCCAAUACCCCCGCCGGUCCAAUUGACCUGUCGGUGCUGCGCACAAAAUACUCGGUACUCUACUCGUAUGGCACAGGGCCAGCUCCCGAUUGCGCUCGUGUCUACGACAGUGAAGUGGCCGGCCACAAUGGCGACUUGAUCCCCGUGCGAGUGUACGAGCCUGCCACGCCAGGCCCGUGGCCUGUGCAUGUGGACUUUCACGGUGGAGGUUGGGGCUUGGGUGAUCUCGACACCGAAUCCCACAUCUGCAAGCACAUCUGCGCGAAAGCCAAUGUCUGCGUCAUCGACGUCGCAUAUCGACUGGUCCCAGAAUUCGCAUUCCCCAUCGGUAUCCAAGACUCCUUCGCUGCCCUCGAAUACAUCUCCGCCCACGGCGCCGAUAAAUUCAACAUCGAUCCCACACGUGUGUCCCUGGGCGGCGUCUCAGCUGGUGGAAACAUCGCUCUGAUCUGCGCGCACCUCGCCCGCGACGCCAAGAUUCCACUUAAGCUCGUCGCCGUCGGAACACCCACAAUCGACGAUAUCUCCAAGUACAAGUCGACGGCAGAUGCACCCUGGCCAUCCAUGCAAGAAAUGGAACACGCACCGACACUGAACUGGGCACGACUCAAAUGGUUCGAUAAUCUCAAGUGGCAGAGCAUCCAACCGAAAGGACCAACACGAGACGCACAAUUGGCAGCCGUGAAGUGGUAUGCCAACGCCCUGCAGGCUCCUGAUUUCACUGGUCUCCCCAAGACGGUCAUCUACACUGCUGGCUGUGACCCAUUGCGCGACGAGGGCGAGGCUUAUGCUCGGAAGUUGAUUGAGGGUGGGAAUGAGGUGAUUCAGAAACGGUUUGCGGGUGUUCCCCACCCGUUCAUGCACAUGGAUAAGGAUCUGUGGCAAGCAAAGGAGUUCAUCGAUAUGACGGCAGAUCACAUCAAGGCUACCUUGCAUCAAUAGGAGUGGUAGUUAGAAAGAAUAUUGGACAAUAGAAUGGAUGAACACCCGAGCGUAUAUAAUGCUUCACACAAAUGAAAUAUAACCCGCAA